AUGCGAUUGACUGACCCCACCAAAGAGUAUGGAAGGAAUGCAUCCACAAUCGCUACCAUCCUAAAGGUGAAAGAGAAAAUAACUGGGAUGGAUGCAGCCAAGGGAAUCGCCAGGGUCUCCAAGCAACAGCCACCUGUUGUGGAGGAGGUUGAAAAGUUGCUCCUGCUCUGGAUUGAACAGAAGCAGUGUGCAGUAGACACAGUGACCGAGGUGAUCAUCUGCGAAAAAGCCAAGGCCUUGCAUGCUGACCUCCUCAACCAACAGCCAGGAACAUCAGCCGAUGCAGAAGGCUUCAAGGCCAGCAGGGGGUAG